CACUUGGGUCGAACCAGAGCACCCACGGAAAUCUUGUGCCCGGCUCCUCAUUCCCGCACCAAACCGGCCGUCGCGCGUUCCCCUUUACCUCGCCGCCGGCGCCACCGCGCCGUCGCGCCGCCAUGCUCUGCCUCCGCCUCCGUUGCCGUGCCCUCUCCCAGCUCCUCUCGUCCCCCUCCUCCUCUCCUAUCUCCCAGCUCCGCCGCCUCCUCUCUGCCGCCGCGCCUGUCGUCUCCCCAAACCCUAGCUUCGCCGUCGAGGAUUACCUCGUCUCCACCUGCGGCCUCACCCGAGCGCAGGCCCUCAAGGCGUCCGCGAAGCUCUCCCACCUCAAGUCCCCCUCCAAGCCUGAUGCCGUCCUCGCCUUCCUCGCCGGCCUCGGCCUCCCCGGCGCCGACGUGGCCGCCCUCGUCGCCAGGGAUCCCAAGUUCCUCUGCGCCGGCGUGGAGGCAAUACUGGCCCCCAACGUCGUCGGGCUCACCGGCCUCGGUCUCUCGCGUUCUGACAUCGCGCGCCUCGUCUCGGUUGCCGGCAAUCACUUCCGCUGUAGAUCCAUGGUCACCAAUCUGCAGUACUGCUUGUGCCUCCUCGGGUCCUACGAGAAUCUCCUCUCUGCUAUCAAGCGCAAAUCCUACAUUCUCUCGUCCAACGUCGAGAGGGUUAUCAAGCCCAACGUCGCGGUCCUGCGAGAGUUUGGGCUUGGUCCUUGUGAUAUUGCCAAGCUGUGCCAUGCUCAGCCAUGGCUCCUCACCUGCAACCCAGAGCGUGUGCGGGCGAUGGCAGUGUGCGUCGAAGGUCUGGGUGUACCCCGUAGAUCUGGGAUGUUCAGGCAUGCGCUGAAUGCUGUUACAUUUAUCAGCGAAGAGAAAAUCGCCGCCAAAUUGGAGCACUUGAAGAAAACGUUCAGGUGGUCGGAUGCUGAGCUGCGCAUUGCUAUUUCUAAGGCUCCAAUGGUGCUGAAUAGGGCUAACGAGUUUCUGCAGAGAAAGUCAGAGUUCCUGAUCUCUGAUUUGGGGUUGGAGCCGGCAUACAUUGCUCAUCGCCCGGUAAUGCUUUUGUACAGCCUGGAGGGCCGGUUAAGGCCCCGGUGCUACGCUGUGAAGUUUCUUAAGGCAAAUGGAUUGCUAGGUCCUGAUCGAGACUUGUAUUCCGCAGUCGCAUUGAGUGAGAAGUUAUUCAUAGAGAAGUACAUAUGCCCUCACAAGGAAGCUGCACCCUGCUUAGCUGAAGACUAUGCUGAUGCUUGCAAAGGGCUAGUGCCAACUAAUUUCAGAAUUACAUGAAGCAAGGACGUGCUAUGGAAAUUGGUAACUGUGUAUGACUAUGACAGAGUUUUUACCAUUCCUAGUAAGCUGGUAAUUCACAUUAGUGUUUUUUUUUCUAAAUAGAGAUUGAUUUUUUUGCUGUAGUACGCAUUCCACAUGCUGGUUUGCUUGUUGCUAAUGCCUAAUGAAUUGAUAGUUUAAUUCUUGAACCCCGUGGUGUUGAUGUAAUGAUGUUCGUCGUUAAAUAGAUGUGAAAGCAUUGCCUACAAUCUCUGGAAUGGAGAGUCCAUGAAUAUAUUUGUGUUUCCGACUUC